GCUUCCAUUUAUCAUAAUACCAUAUGGUAUGGUGAGGUAAGAUCACUUGAAAACCUUUUCAAUAACCCUUGAUGUGUUGUACGUUGUAUUGCUUACUGGUAGAAUAUGGUAUGGUAUGGUAUGAUAUAGCAAACCUUCUAUUCUAUAUUCGGGUACAUCAUGUCAAAACCAAGGGACGAUUUUCGCACAAGGUGUAGCCCAACAAGAAUCAGCACACUGUCAAGGGCAUUAACAGCUUAACAGAGGAAAAAAAUGCAGGAAUUAGGCAUUGAUAGGGGUGGGCAACCAAGUCCCGUUUGAAGAGCAAAGUGCAUCCCAUAUCCCAAACACAUAAGGGUUAACGAGUACUAGUUACCCGUACGGGAUGGAUAACGGGUACCCAAACUACCCGUACAUACCCCUCCAAAUGAUAAGGGAAAAGUUCUAUAGAGCUAACGUACAUCUCAAUGAACGUGUGAAUUUCAGUUCAAUGAACAUGCAUAACACUGGAUUCUUUCGGAAGCUGGAUGUAUCAGUAGUCAUUUAGUGAUAAUUACAAGGCUGAGAAGUUCAUAUUAGGGUUAACGGAUACUAUUGAACAUACUAUCUUCAUUCGACACGACAGAUGCAGAGAUACAAUGUGAAAUAGAAUGUACACGGCCUUUUGCUUUCAGUAGUCAUUUAGUGUCUGUGUAACGCACAAUCAUGUUGUGCUGAAUUGAUUAAAUAAAAGGAGGAAGCAGAGUUUACACUGGAAAGGGGUGGAAUGAGAAAUGAAAUGAACCACCAGCUGGAUUUAUGGUUUAAUCAAUCGUACGUAUGGGUGGGGUGGAAUUGGGCUCAGGUUGGGGGAUUGGGGUUGGUUAUGUAAUGUUUAUUGUAGGAAUUUUUGCUAACGGGUACUCGUAUUACCCAAACGGGUAUUAACGGGUAACUCGUGGGUACUCGUUGUAGAAAUCAUUGAUCCCAAAUCCCAUCCCGUUAAAAAUAAACGGGUAUUUGGGUACCCGUAACCCUCAAAAAACGGGACGGAUAUGGGUAUAUCCAAAUACCGAUUUUUCCUUGCCCACCCCUAGGCCUUGACGGCUUAACAACCAUCCAGCAAACAAAGAUAUGCAAGAACUUUGCUCUAUCCACAAUGAGCAAGUACAAUCCAGCAAAGCAAUCAUUCAAGCUGUUUGAUGGAAACUACAUGAAGAUAUCACCAAUUGACUUUCAUAGAGUUUAUGGUCUACCAAUGGGUAAAAAGGAAGUGACGCUCAAGAAAUUAUCACUGGACGAAGCAGUAGACUAUGCGCUACAAGUCCUACUAGAACUAGAACUUCCAGCUGAAAAUGUAAGGGUGAAAUUACUUAACGUAGAGCAUGACAUUUCUUAAGCUCGUACCAUUGAAAUAUGGAUCAAACUGUUCUGGUUGCUGGUUACUGGAGGUUCACUGUCCCCAUUUUCAAACCCUACUGCUGAGUUGAUUAUGGUUGAGUACUUACAGCAAAGAAAAAUCAAGCAUUUCAAAGAAUAUAACUCGUGCAAGUUCUUCUUCGACUAUAUGAAUGAGGGGUUGAAAUCAAGAAAGUUAUACGUCAAUGCAGAUCUUCAUUUCUUAACAGUAAGUAUCUAUACCCUCAAUAAUAUCAUUUCAAUUAGUAUUACCCUAAAGCAUUACCAAUCCUAGUACUUAAAAAAACUAAUACAACUGUUUCUCCUUUCCACAAACAAAUAAAAGGUAUGCUUCAUGUACAAGUUGGAUGAAAUUGCCUUCUCCACCCAGUUUCAAAUCCCAGCAACAAGCUAUCACGACGACCUUGUUGUGCAAAGAAACUUUGAAAACAUAAUCAACUACUACAGUGGAGAAGUAAUUAAGGAGCUGAUGAAGAUACAAGAUAAAGAAGACAAGAUCAAUGGCACCAACAAUGAUGAUGAUGAUGACAACAACACAGAACAACAACCAUCAACGUCACUCAUAUUUGAUUUGAAGAUGAUCAAGACUAUCACCCAAAUAAGUAUAAAUUACCCUAUGUUACAAUUGUGCAAUUCAUAUAACUAAUACCACACAUGAACCAUGGUGGUAACAUAUGAUAUUGUACUCUAUAAUGGACAUACCAUCCAUUACCACCAUGGUAACAUGUGGUAUUCUACUGUAAAUAUUAACUUACAAACCAAAAAUCACUAAUGCGGGCUGAGAAAGCAAUAAAUCUGGUGAAAACAUCAAUUAAAGCUAUGUUGCAAUCAAUCAAGAUGCAAUUCAAAGCUCAAAUGGAUGAGCUUGUCAAACACAAGGAAAAGUUGGAGCAACAAACUUCUGAUGAGAACUUUGAUGGUGUAGAAGGAGAAAGAUCCGAUAACGUGAUUGUCGAACAAAAUGAAAGAACUGAAUCUGGAGAUGAAGAUAAAGAAGCAGACACCAACCUGGAAGAAACUCCGAAGAGAAUUUUGACAAUGCACAAUCAAGCAAAAGGAAAGCAAACACAGUCAAUGAAUCUCAAGAAAAUGAUGAUUCUCAACAAACAACAAUUGAUCCAGCUACACCAACAUAAUGUAAGAAAAAAAUAAUCAAGAUGGUUCUUCAAAAGAAUCAGAAGCACCAACAAUAGAGAAUCCUGCUGAAACUGCUGAGAAGAACCAAGGAAAGUCAGUUCCAAAGCAUGUAAACCAGGAGGGCAACAAAAAGGAGAUGAAGGAAAGACCGAAAGAGAAAUGAAAUUCAUCAAGAUCAUGAAGGAGAUGAUAGUGAAAAGACACAUUCAGAUGUGCUUGUUUCAAAGAAGGGAGAACAUGUGAAGAACAAUGAAGAAGAAGCUAUACAACCACCACUAAAGACUACAGGAAACCCCAAAGUUGCAAAGGACAGUGACAUACCAUCUUUUGACAUAAGCCCACUCAAUCACCCAUCACCACCACCAAAUAUCAACAUCACCACAACAACCAGAAGAACCGCGCAAAAGAAGGAUAGUGGUGAAGAAUGUGUAUGGACCAGAGAAGAAAGCAAAAACAUCAACCCCACCAAAAGGCACAACAAGCCCACAGUUGCAGAAUCAACCAUUCAUUGAAUGGUUAAACUUGUACUCGAACAACCAAGAGAGGCUACUGGAGAUAGAUUUUUGCUUGACUGCUUUUUCACCUGCAGGGUUGCUUGAGGACUAUGGCGCCUGGCGAACCUUGAUGACAGGAUAAUUAUUCUCAGUGGCAUGACCUCGGAUGAUGCGUGUAAAUUUCUCUUCAUCUCCAUGAACCUCUCCAAGCUAGAGCUAGCUGAUAUGAUCUUUAUUCUCUGGCGAAUUUGGAAGGGCAGGUGUUGGUCGGUACAUGGCCAUAUCCAAUAUCUUCCUCACACUUUACUCCGCCAAUACCAUAGGCAAGUGGAGGUCAGUGGGUCAAACUCCACCUAGUCUGCGUCGCAGGGACAACAGCCAAACACACAACCCUACUGCCAGAACCCUGGCUGCUGGAAAUGGAAUCCCCGCAAAUGCAAUUUCUGUUUGGUUCGAUGGGGCGGCUAAACGAGAUCGAGGAGGAAGCAUUGGCUUUGUAGGGUUCCACUUCCAAGCAUCAAUAAUAUUCUCUUUGUUUUUGGCAAAUGGUAUGAAGGGAUAAAUGAUCCAUUUUGUU